UUGCUCAUCCUUUCACAUAUAUAAAGCUCCUGAGUCCAAGAUAGUUGUAUCCAAAAGUCUAGCAGUUAUACAGUGUCAAGAUAUACAGACUGGUGUCAAUUCAGGGGAAGGCAGAAUGCCUGUGUUGUGGCCUCCAUUUGUGAAACACGUUAUUUGUUUUCUUUUUAUCUUGCAUUGUUCUGAUGCUCGUCCAUCAUAUAUGAUUUCAGUGCCUACUUUUGUUAUCCCUGGAGUCAGUACAACACUUGCUGUUCACUGGUUUGGCCAAAAUCAUUCUGAAAUUACUGUCACUGCUGAAAUUUGGGAUAAUGGCAUAUCAUUGGCAAAUAGCAGCAAAGUCUUCCAGAAAGAUAUUCUUGGAUUACUCUCCAUACCUCCACUUUCAGUGAUUUCUUCUUCUGCUUCUUAUUUAAUCCGGGUGUAUGGAACAGCUGGGAAUGAACUGCUGUUCUCAAACAAUUACACAAUGCAACUGGAGACAAAGAAUGUAUCUUUACUUAUUGAAACAGACAAAAGUGCAUAUAAGCCAGGACAAACUGUCAAAAUCAGAAUCAUCUCUAUCCGCCGUGACCUGAGGCCAUAUAAAGGACUUGUUAAUGUUGUCAUACGGGACCCUAAAUCGAACAUUAUAAAGCAAUGGCUGCAACGUAAACCUGAGCUAGGAGUUAUCACAGAGGAAUUCUUGCUGUCGGUCAAUGCCAUGGCUGGUACCUGGCGAGUUCAUGCAGAAACAGAUAUGACUGAAAACAUAGAAGAGAUCUCUGUCAUUCAUUUUGAGCAUCCUAAGUUUGAUGUUACAAUUAAGACACCCUCUUUUUAUGUUGAUCCAAAGCAGCAAAAUCUCAUUGGCACAGUCAUAGCAAACUACACCUAUGGAAGGCCUGUAAAGGGAAAUGCAACUGUUCUUAUUACGUCACUGUAUGACAUUCAAGCUGCGAAUGGAAUUAAGAAAACUUAUGAAAUGUCUGGAUCAGCAGACUUUACCUUUACAUAUGCUGAACUUUCACGCUUGCCCAGUGGGCUUACAUUAAAUAUAACAGCGGUGGUGAAAGAAGAACUUACAGGUAUUGCAAUUAGUAAGUCUUCAUAUGUCAAAAAAGUUGACUCUGAGUAUGAACUUGUCAUAGUCAGUCAGCCACCAGUUUUGAUCCCUGGCAUUAACUUCAUAACCAAGAUUCAGCUACAAAGAAAAGAUCGUUUACAUUUAACACAAGGAGAAAGAGAAAACAAUAUUUCAGUUAAAGUAACUCAAUCAUUUAUGCCUUGGCUUGUUGAAACCGAAGGAGUAAAUACUCCCACUGGUGCCACCAAUCUUAACUAUGUAGAAACUCUUCAAUACAACAUUCCAGAAUCUGGUAUUAUUAGUGUUGAACUUCCACUGCAAAAUUCCGUUCUGCUUAUAAUUAUAGAGGCUGUAUAUCAAAACAUUACACAAAAGUGGCAAAUGCACAGAGACCUUGGCAUCAGUUCCUCUGCACAGAUACAAUUACCAGAUUCUCCGGCACAGGUUGGGACACCAUUUGAUGUAAGAGUGAAAACCACACCAGAAAUUCAAAACCUUUAUUAUGUGAUAAUGGCCAGAGGAAUCAUUGUAGCUGCUGAAAAGACAAAUAGCACCACAUUUACCCUCACUCCAGAAUAUUCUUGGGCUCCAUCUGCUGUUCUCAUGGUUUACUUCCUUAAUUUUAAUAAUAACUCCUUUGAAAUUAUACAAGCUUCUCGUACAAUUGAUAUCAAAGGCAUGUUUGAAAAUAAGGUUUCUUUGUCAUGGAGUGUAACCAAAACAGCACCAUCAGAAAAUGUGAGGUUGAAUGUUGACAUUACAGAGGCAGGAUCUUUAGUAGGACUGCGAGUUGUUGAUAUUAGUGACAAACUCCUAUCCAAUGGCAAUCAUUUAAAAGAAAAAGUGGAGGCAGAAAUGAAAUCAUACACAAAGGACUUUGUUAACAGCUUGACUGAUGGCAUCAUUAGUUAUGAUGGAAUUCUCCUUGAGGAAUUUAUACCAGAACUAUUCAUUAUCAGAGAAGAAAUAGAGCCACCCGCGAAUGUCCCAAUUGUCUUCCCAGAGACUUGGAUUUGGCUAGAAACUAACAUCAGCUCUGGAAUCAGAACCAGCCUUCCUGUAACUGUACCCAAUGCAGUGACGUCUUGGACGGCCAGUGCUUUUGUAAUCUCCGAUGUACUGGGCCUGGGAUUAAUUGAGGAAUCUGUUGAGCUUCAAGCUUUUCAGCCAUUCUUCAUUACCUUGAAUGCACCCUAUGCUGUAACCAGAGGGGAACAGUUCAUCCUGAGAGUUUUGCUCUACAACUGCCUAGAAGAAAAUUUGCAGGUUAAUGUAAGUCUGGAAACUAAUAAUGCUUUUGACAUAAUUAUACCAGAAAAUGACAAUGGUGCAAUACCCUGGCUACGCAAUGUAUCAAUUCGAAGUAAGGAAUCUGAAAUAAUUUUAUUUCCUGUAAGCCCAAAGCAACUUGGUGUGAAUUUCAUCACAGUCCGAGCAAUGUCUCGAACAGCAUCUGAUAUUGCAACUCAGAAAAUACUAGUAAAGGCUGAAGGGGUGCAGAAUUUUUAUACCCAGAAUUUGAUUUUGGAAGUAAAUGGAACUGGAUCUGUAUCUCAACAGUUAUCAUUCACUUUCCCCACUAAUGUGGUGGGAGGCAGCGAACAAGCCUCUGUUUCUGUGGUUGGUGACUUUCUUGGACCUUCAAUUAAAGGUCUUGAGUCUCUGAUCAGGAUGCCAUACGGUUGUGGAGAACAAAACAUGAUUAACUUUGCUCCUAUUAUAUAUGUCUUACAAUAUUUAACAUCAACUUCCCAGCAGACAGAAGACAUUAGAAGAAGAGCUAUUAGUUUUAUGGAGCAAGGCUAUCAAAGUGAAUUGAAUUAUAGGAGGGGCGAUGAUUCCUUCAGUGCAUUUGGUGACAGAGAUUCUUCUGGAAGCAGUUGGUUGUCGGCCUUUGUAGUUAGGUGCUUUCUUCAAGCCAGAACAUUUAUUAACAUAAGUCCAGAAAUUUUGAACAGAACAGUGGAAUGGCUGAUUCAGCAGCAGGACCCAGUAAAUGGUAAAUUCCUGGAGCCAGGGCAUGUCUUUAAUUCUAGACUCCAGGGUGGAUUAAACGGACCUAUCACCCUUACAGCAUACGUUCUAACAUCUCUGCUGGAAAACAGUCAGUACAGUAUUCAUUAUGCAUCCAGAGUUGGCAAAGCAGUACAGUAUCUUGAAAAAGAGUUUGAAGGGGGAAUUUCAAGUAACUAUACUUUGUCAGUUGUGGCUUAUGCACUGUCAGUGGCCAAUAGCACUAAAGCUUCGGCAGCCCUCACCCAGCUCAAUUCAAGAACAAGCAACAAUGAUGGGCAAAUAUACUGGUCUUCCCCAACUGGAGCAUCAAACUACUGGCAGCCCCCAUCUGCAGAUAUUGAGACAGCUGCUUAUGCACUGCUCUCCCACUGCCAACAGAACAGGAUUGCUGAAGGCGUUCCUAUCAUGAAUUGGCUGGUUCAACAGAGGAACAAUCUUGGCGGAUAUUCUUCUACUCAGGAUACCAUUGUGGCUCUGUGGGCAUUAGCCCAGUUUAUGGCAGUUGCUCCUUCAUUAAAAGAAACCUCUCUCACUGUAUCAGUUACUGGUCCCGGUCCUUUUGCACCAAAAUCUUUCCAGAUAACCAAUGACAAUCUACUUGCUGUACAAAUCCAGCAGAUUGAUAUAUCAUAUCCCAUUGUAUUGAAUGUUUCUGCAGUUGGAAGAGGAAUAGCUAUUUUUCAGCUUAAUGGGAUUUAUAAUAAGAGGGUUUUACCCAGGCGUAAGCAAAACACACCCAACAAAGAAGCUUUUGCGUUAAGCGUUACAACUACAGAUGUGGGAAAUAACACUGAGCUGCUUUAUGUAGAUAUAUGUUCAAGCUAUCAGGGAACAGAGAAUGAGGUUGGCAUGGUACUUUUAGAUGUCGGCUUUCUUAGUGGAUUUAAAUUACAUCCAAGAGGAAUACCUGAAAGUGGAUUGUUAAAAAUGGUGGAAACAAAAGCAGACAGAGUAUAUCUCUACUUUGAUUCGAUGACUACAAAUUCAGUUUGUGUAACUGUUCCAGUGGUUCGGACUGCAUUAGUGGCUGGUUCUCGAGAAGGAAUAGUCACAAUUACUGAUUAUUAUAAUCCAACAAACUCUGCAACAAGAACAUACAAUUCAGAGACAAUGAAAAACCUCUCCAUUUGCGACUUCUGUGGAUCUAACUGCAUUCUCUGCCAGUCUAAUGUGUUUGUUAAGGCUCAGAGCAGCAGUGCAACUUCACCCACACUCACCCAGUUUUGGGUCAGCUUUUUCUGUGUUUGCAGCCUUUUGCAGCAGAAAAUGCUUUUAUAAAUACAUUAGACAUCUGAAGGACAGAAGUAUUUAUAAAGACCUGAUGGAAAUGAACUAAUCCUGAUAUUGUUGCCUGAUCAGCUGUAUUAAUCAACAUAAGGAAAAUGUUUAUCAUAAUCAGAAAAUGAUAUAGGGAUAUAAUAUAAGCUUUUCCAUAACCAUGCCCUGAAAAGGCAAUAAGGUUAUUUAGAAGGAACCUUUUCAUAAUAGAUAUAUAUUUUAGACUGUAUAUAUUUAAAGACUGUAUUAGCAUCUGUGUGGGUACAUGGUAUAAUUUUAAAUAUAUGUACUUUAUAGAAUUGCAGAGGAUAUUAAAUGAAAUACAGUUCAAGGUCUUGAAAAAAAUGCUACCUGAAAGGAAUUAAGACUUAUUGACAAUUAUUUUUUACGGUAAUAAACAUAAAAGGUCAUUUGUGCAGCCCCAUGCUAACACGCCUUUCCCCUUCCCACACCUCACGAAUACUGAAUGCAGGCAACAAUGUGUUUACCGGGGUGGCUGGAGAUCCCUGUGCUUCCAAAGGGCAGUCCUUUAAAGCAGGAAGGCAGUGUGCAAAGUGCACAUAAAUGUCUUUAUAGCACUUAGCACAUUGCCUUUCCACACGGAAAUGAACCCAUACUGCUGGUAGACAUAGUGCCACAGUGAUACACAAAAUAGUUCAGACAAGGGCAUAAUAAUUUAAAGGCCCAUCAAUAUUUUAAAGUACAGGACAUGAAGUUUUCCCUGCUUCUGGUUUUCCUGUGUAUUUUGUUCUAGUUCAUUGUAGGUACUGGACAAAUUCAACAGUUGAAAAAACCUGCUAUGGCAUUUCUUCCUUGGGCUCAUAAAAUAAAAUACAUUGUUGCCAUGGUUUGGCUUUAUAUGCAAAAAGUGCCUUUAUAUCUGUAUCAGUACAUUCAGCACAUUUAUCGUUUUCAGGGGCUUACUUCAUACGACAACAACUAGGUACAAACAUACAUGUAGGCCAAAAUUUCAUACACUAAGCUAUUGGACAGAAUUUUGUAUGCCAUCACCAAAACACAAAGCAAAUGUCCUAUCCUGUACUGCAGAUAGAGGACCAAGUAACACGUAACACUGACCAGGUGUAAAGUUUCCUUCCCUCACUGCACCCAUGCAUAAUAAAUGUGUGUGUAUCAAUAACUGGGAAUAUAUGAGAGUUAUGCGAUAUAAAUAUACAUGCGUACCCUGCCACGUCACACCCAUUUUGUUGCAAGCACCAUUCCAAAUAAUUUGCAAAUAGUGUGAAAUGUUGUGCCUAACUUGUAAAAAAUACACUGUAGUCCUAUGAGAGGCUUCAUUGUGAAACAAGACAGUAUGGAUUAAGCAAUUUUUUUUCAUUUUGCCUCUUUAAAUAAAUAAGACCAUGGCCUUUGACUUUAAUAACACCUGUGAUGUUCUUGAAUGUGAUGGGGAUUAUAAACUCUGUGAAACAGGGCUCUCUUUACCUCCUAGAUCAAACAGUAUUUGCAAGUAAUUUGUAUGCUUGGCAAGUGCAUAAUGCUAUAUACAGCACUUUGAAAUAUGUUGUUGAUAUAUGGAUAUGUACUAAUAAUAGAAACGUAUUUUUUAACACAGAUUUCUGUAAUGGCAAGUGUCAUGGCCAUAUGUAUACUGUAUAAAUAUACAUUUUCAACUUAAAAAUGUUUUAUAUUAAAGGUUUUAAUGUGUAUAUCA